AUUUUAAACCUACAGGUCUAUUAUCCUUGGGAGUUCCUUUCCAGCUCUCCUUGCAGAACAGUUGUUUUCCCCUUAAUGACAUCUGGAGUUAGCUACUGGGUGAUCAAGUCUUUGCAGCAGCUGGACAUAUGUUCAAGUUGCAUCAACAGCUACACCCUUCUUGUAUCACCUCGCCUUCUCUUUACAAUCUUUUCUUUCAUACUCGACUAUAGUGUUUACCGAUUAGCUCCUUUCUGGGAAGCAGAUCCGUGGAAAGCGCUGGUACUUCUUGCCGGAUCGUAUGUCACUCUGGUAUUUUACACAAGAACAUUUACCAACACGCUUGAAGGACUGCUCUUUGCUCUUCUGAUGGUAUUGGUUUCCCCAAGAAAGUCUGGUGGCAGCUUAGUGGAGCCUACAAGGAGUCCUCUCAUAGGUAUUGUAACGACUGCUGGGUUUUUCAACAGGCCAACCUUCUUGGCAUUUGCUCUAAUGCCCCUGCUUUACUGGGCAGGUUUAAUUGCCGACUCUCAAAAGAGCAUUAAAAAUCUCAUAAACCACUUUUUGAAGUUUGUCCUAUGUGCAUGUUUUACUGCUAUUGUUUUCAUAACAGCUGACACCUUCUAUUUUACCUCCAUGGGUUUAGAGAACCUCUACAGCAUUAAAAAAAGCAGCCUAUUUGAUGUAAUAGCUCAAUUAAAUGAGAGAAUGAUAGUAACCCCUUUAAAUUUUGUCAGCUAUAAUCUUAAUCCGCAUAAUCUUGCACUGCAUGGAAGUCACCCACGAGUUACACAUUUUAUCAUCAAUGGAAUAAUGCUCUUUGGGAUCUUACAUAUUCUGGCCAUCAGUGCUGGUUUUAACAUGUUAAAGAAAUCUAUCUGUCAAUUAACAUGGGUCAGAUCACAUUACCAUGGGUUAUCGGGGCCAUUAGUGCAUUCUGAGGGCAAUCCAACGUUACUACUGUUUUAUUUUGUUCCUUUGGCAUUUCUCUCCCUGUUCAGUCACCAAGAACCUCGGUUUCUCAUUCCUCUCAUCUUGCCAUUAGUCCUGUUCAGCACGUCACAGAAUAGAGCUGCAAAGUGGAAACACGUCAUUAUUAUUUUCAAUGUUCUCGGGGCUCUGCUGUUUGGGUGCUUACACCAGGGAGGCCUGAUACCAUGCUUGUUUCACUUGGAGCAACUCAUGCAUUCUCCGCAGUCCUCAAACCAUCCAAGACACUAUGUGCUACUCUUUGCUCACACCUACAUGCCUCCUAGGUCUCUGCUUAAUAUCAAGAAGACAAACACACAUAUAGAAGUCAUUGAUAUGGCUGGGUCUGGGGAAGAAAACCUCUGCCAAACAGUAGGGCAGCAAACAAACAACUUCACCUGCAAUGACUGUCAUGUUUUUGUUAUAAUCCCUGGUACAGUCAGAGCCACCGUUACAAAAUGUGGCGUCUCGUUCAAGAAUGAGACUUUGAUAUUUCCACACUUAUCAAUGGAAGACCCACCACAAAUACCCUCCCUAUUCAGUGGAAACUGGAGAAGUCAGUUAGGACUAUACAUCCUUCAGCUAGACAAGAGAUCAGCAGAGCCUUUCGAUUUCAGGAGAACAAUCUUUUAG